AUGACCCGUUCAAUUCGUGUAUUAUGUCUACAUGGUUGGCGAACAAAUGGUACCAUUCUCAAGCAUCAAACCUUCGCUCUACGUCAAGAAUUUGGGUCAAAAGCUGAAUUUCUAUAUGUAAAUGCACCAUGGAACGCAUCGGGUCCUGCUCCGGAACUGGUGCGUUCUUUUUACGGCGAGAUGGGACCGUUUUAUCAAUGGUGGGACGCCAUUAAGCACGAAGACAGCGAGAUAUUCCAUUACGAAGGUUUUGAACUGUCGUUGGACUAUUUAAUGGGUCAGAUUCAAGCUUUAGGGACUGUAGAUGUCGUCUUGGGGUUUUCUCAAGGGGCCGCUAUGACCACGUUAUUAACAGCGCAUUAUCUCUCAAUCUAUGGCUACGUGCCUUGGAAAGCCUGUGUACUGAUAGGAGGAUUCUAUCCUUCUAAUGCUGAGACGAAGGAGCUGUUGGAUGCCGCUAACACUUCAGUCGAUGGGGCUAUUGACGUGCCAUCCGUGCAUGUGGUGGGAAGAGCGGAUCCAUUAGCCCUUAAUUCUGACAAAUUGGUCCAGAGCUUUACGAGGAUCAGACGAGUUAAGUUUGAGCACGAGGAAGGCCACAAGUUUCCGUCCCCGCUCAAGUACAGGACAUUGUACACUGAUAUUGUUCAGGAGGUGCUGGCCAUGACGGGUCAAGCAUGGAGGUAA